UGGGUGUUGCAUCACUUCAUCUCUCUAAUCUCUAAUUGACUUCCUGCGCCUUACUUUCCUAACCUCAAAAAUUUAACCUGUAUGCUGUAUGGAAAUUAAAUCACAAAUAUAAACAUUGGAAAUUUUUUUUGUUGUUAAAAAACAUUUUAUUUAAAAACAUUAUUUUAACAAACAUUAACCACUAUUUAUGUUAGUGGUUAAUUUUUGUUAAAUGAACAGAAAUAUUCCUGUCUGUUCUUUAUUAGAUAAUAACUUUGCCAGCUGGACAACUUGUACAAUGAACAUUUUAGAACUUUACAGUGGAAUUGGGGGAAUGCAUAUGGCUUUCACAGAAAGCAAAUUACCAGGCAAAAUAAAAGCUGCAAUUGAAAUCAACCCUACAGCCAACACAAUCUAUAGUCACAAUUUUCCUGAAACCAAAUUAAUCAACUGCAACAUUGGAGGUCUAACAACUAAGACAAUUAAGAAUCUUGAUGUAAAUACUAUUCUGAUGUCCCCACCAUGCCAACCAUUUACAAGAAAUGGUAAACAGUGUGACAUAAAGGACCCAAGAACAGACUCAUUUCAACACCUGUUAAAUUUAUUGCCAGAUUUAAAUAAUAUUGAGAAUGUUCUUAUGGAAAAUGUAAAGGGGUUUGAAAGUUCGCAAAUGAGAAAUAUUUUUAUAAAAACUUUAAAGAAUUGUGGAUUUGUUUGUCAGGAAUUUAUUUUAAGCCCUUCACAAAUUGGUGUACCCAAUAGCAGACAUAGAUAUUAUUGCUUGGCAAAAAAAUUACCUGCAAAGUUUAAGUUUGAAACAUCAGAUCAAAUGAUGGAAACCAUACCAUUUUUAGAUGUUACAAGUGAAUCAUUGAAUUGCUUUGAAAUUCAAGACAUUUUAGAUAAUGAAUUGGACCUAACAAGUUACCUUCUUCCAGAAAGGGUUUUAAAAAGAAGGUUACGAGUUUUGGAUGUAUGCUACAGAAAUUCAAAGAGGUCUUGCUGCUUUACAAAGUCUUAUGGCAGGUUUAUUGAAGGUACUGGGAGCGUUUUUACCGAAAACCAACAAGAACAAACACAGAAAGAUCUAAAACGACUUAAAGAAAUGAACUCGGAUAGUGAGGACUAUAUUGAACUAGCACAAUCCUUACAUUUACGUUUUUUUACGCCUAAAGAAGUAUCUCGAUUGAUGUCCUUUCCAGAGACAUUUUCUUUUCCAUCUAAUUUAUCUAAUAGGCAAAAAUAUAUGGUUUUAGGUAAUAGUAUUAAUGUUAAAGUAGUCACAGAAUUAAUAAAACUCUUAAGCUGAUUUAAUGCAUUUUUUUCUAAAUUUAUAUAUACAAUACUUUUACACUCUUAAAAAUAAUUCACUUAAACCUAUACAUAUAAAUAAAAUAAUUUAAAAAUAUCAUAUAUGCUGCAGCUCAGGUGGAAUGUGAAUAUCAUUGGUAGCCGCAAAUCUU